AUGGUGUCUUUGAAGAAUCGUGCACAAAGUGAAAACGUGGAGUUCAUUUCAGAUAUUGACGAAAAGAAUCAGAUACUUACCACCAAUUGCUGGCUGAACCAGAUGUGGUUGGAUUACGGUUUGAGGUGGGACCCUGACAAGUAUGGCGGCAUCAAGGUGAUCCGUCUCCCUCACGACUCCGUGUGGCGGCCAGACGUACUGCUUUACAACAACGCCGACGUCUCGUCAUUCUUCUCCUCAAUAAGCUCCAACGUGAUCGUCAACAACGAAGGCAACGUCACGUGGUUGUCAAUGGUGAUCUUCAAAAGUUCGUGUUCCAUCAACGUCCGAUAUUUUCCAUUCGACGAACAGAAUUGUUCCUUGUUGUUUUCUUCGUGGACCUACGACGGUUUACAACUUGACCUCGUCAUGAACUCUCCACAUGGCGACACGUCAAACUAUAUCCACAACAGCGAAUGGCUACUGGUCAAACUACUGGUCAAACGCAACGUGCAGUACUAUUCCUGUUGUGACGAACCGUACCCGGAUAUAACGUACUAUAUUCACAUCAGGCGACGUCCGUUGUUCUAUAUAUUCAACAUGAUAUUACCGUGUAUAUUGAUAACGUUGGUGGCGUUGUUAGGGUUCUAUAUACCCUCAGACUCAGGAGAGAAGGUGACGAUGGGGAUUACGACGUUGCUGUCGAUGACGGUGUUCAUGAUGUUGGUGACGGAGAAUAUGCCCCCGACGUCGGAUGUGCUACCUCUCAUAGGUAUCUACUACGGUAUGACGAUAUUUAUCGUUUCCUUCGCAACGGGCAUGACAGUGUUCACCCUGAACAUUCACCACAAGGGCACCAGGGGACGAGAAGUACCCAGCGUCAUCAGGAAGAUCGCCUUCAGCUGUCUGGCGAAGAUGUUCUGCAUCAAAGUACAGAAUUCAAAAGCCCCUGCAUCAACGGCAGUGUUCACACCAGAUUGCAAUGGAACGACCGGAAGUAGUUCCUACAUCCGGUUUAAAAUGGCGCCUCAAAGCGACCCGGAGAGUGCCCCAUCAAAGCCAGUUGUAGAUUUCAAAUCGGCUGCCCCCGAGCUGGAGGACCCCUUGUCUACAAACGGCGGACUCGGUACACAUCUUUCCCAUCGCUUCCGGUCUGGACAAGCCGGAAGUAGUGCAGUGGUGGAGAACUUUGAGCAACAAUUCAUGCGGGUUCUACAAAAAGUAUAUCAGACAAUUGAACAAAACGAAAUACGAUUAGCGGACCAGGACAGACGGGAAGCUAUCAAAAUAGAAUGGCAGCAGGUUGCACAGAUAGUGGAUAGAAUGCUGUUGUCAGGAUUUGUGGCCCUCACGAUGGUUAUAACAGGCGUUGUACUGCUCGGAGCACCGGCAUCUGUCAGCAGCCUGACGUCAUAAUGUGUGAUACGGAAUUACGGGAAGAAGUUGGGACGAAGAACCAAAAUGUUGGUCACUACCAGAUGCCGCCAUGUUGGUGUUUUCAAGGAACAGGAAGGAUUAUCACUACAAUACAUUUGACAUAAAGUGCCAAGA